UAAGGUGUCUCUUGGGCGCGGGUAGAGAACGAAAACACAACUCAAGCAAGCCGCGGCUUGGCCCAAGCCCCUGACCUUCACUCGCGACUUGCGAUCCUCUGACCCUCAAAACUAUCUGUCAUUUCCUACCACACUAAUAUACCGUCUGUAUCCAUGGAGCACGACCCUAAUGUCGCCGAUCCAGCCCAACUCCGAGCGCGAUGAGGGCCAUGAUGAUGCAGUAGCCGGGGCUGAGUUGGAAUUUGAAGAUACUGUCUCCCAAUUACCUUUGAAAGCGCGAAGAGCUGGAAUCCUGGGGCUACUUCAAGGACCUCGACCCCCGCGAAUCCAAAGCAUCAACCCAUUGCUCCCAUCGGUCCAAGAAGCUCCGCCAGCUCUCCUCAACCGACUGCUUCCAAGGAAGGGGCACCAGUUUGUUCUACUUUGUGUGUGCUUAUUACUCUGGGCUGCGGUGUUCGUCAGCUUCUUGAGCUCGCAGCUUCCGGUGAAGGAUGGCACAGGGAGAGAUGUUGUAAAUCUCGAUUGUGUCGAUAGCCUCUGGAGACGCAAAAACGAAUGUGGUAUCGACGGCUUGGACUGUCGUCCUUUCUCGAACGUUUCCUUCGCCUUUCGGUGCCCCGCCAGAUGUGCCAGCGUACAGGUACUGAACCCCCGUGCCGUCGGACCGCUCGACGUCAACUACCGUCCAUUGGUGAUUGGAGCAGGGGCAUACCGCGGUGACAGCUUCGUGUGCGGCGCCGCUAUCCACUCCGGUAUCGUCUCUAAUGCUAAAGGCGGUUGUGGACGUGCCUCGCUCAAUGGUGAGCAUGAGGAUUAUCCAGGUGUGAAGAGGCACGGAAUUGAGUCAAUUCCGUUCGAUUCGUACUUCCCUCUAUCGUUUUCUUUAUCGUCUGAUGACAGCAUCCGCUGCCCCACCGAUCCACGUCAAGCGCUGCUCUUCAUAUCGUUGUUCUUCGCGAGCAUGCUUUCGCUCUUCGCAAGCUCCCCAAAGAUCCUCUUUCCGAUCUUUACGCUCAUCUUCGCUCAUGUGAGCUUCGCGUCCGACCCGCCUUCAGCCUCUUACAGGAACUCUACUGUUCUUCCUGAUCAUCUCUCCAUGUUUGCGAAGAGGCUUUUACCCGCAUUCUUCUGCGCUGUGGUCAUUUACUGGACGACCGUCAAACGCACACUAUCCGGCUUAACAGCCCAGGUAGAGAAGACUGUUCUUUGGCUUGGCGGCUUCUUCUUCGGCGCAAUGUCCAACUACACCUUCGACUGGAUACCCAUCUCGCGCCUUACGGGUCAUGAUCUCGAACAGCAGCCUGGCGCUAAGAUUGCACUAUCGAUAAUUCUCAUCAUCCUCAUCGCAGUCAUUGCUGGCCAGGUGUACUACUUCUGGCUCGAGGGACGCCUGCUUCAGUAUCUGGCUCUAUAUGGACUCUUCAUUGUGGGCAUCUUGAUUUCCCUGGCGAUUCCUGGUGUCAACCUACGCAUCCACCACUAUAUCCUUGCGCUACUACUACUUCCCGGGACUAGCUUACAAACGAGACCUUCAUUGCUCUAUCAAGGCAUCUUGCUCGGCCUCUUCGUCAACGGUAUUGCACGGUGGGACUUCGACUCCAUCCUCCAGACCACCGAAGCGCUCCGAGGUGACGGACAGUUCGAGUCAGUAGUACCGAAGAUAUUGGAACCUGCGAUUUCCUUUACCGCCGGAAAUGUCAUCGCGACGUUUUCGUGGGUCUCGCCUCCCGCUGAUGUGGCCGGAAUCAGCGUGCUUGUGAACGACGUGGAGCGGGAUCGUGCAUUCUUUGGGGAUGGUAUUGAUGGUGAUGUCAAAAGCUUUGAGUGGACGAGGCCGAUUGGGAUGCAGUUGAACGAGUAUCUAAGAUUUGCCUGGGUGACGAAUGGGCGGGCAGUGCUGGACUAUACGAAAGCCGGGACGCUGUUCGCAAACGGGACCUGGACCAUGGAGCAAGAGUAUUGA